AUCUGCCCUGGGAGAAUCGUAGUAAUGCAGGAACAGUCUGCAGGGAUUCUCUGCUGCUGCCUCAGUUGCUAGGGGAAGAGACUGGGCCUUAGCAGGCCGGAGCACUCGUGACUUCAGUGACCUGCUUCUGCCCCUCUAGGUCUAUCAGCCACAGUCUCUGCAUGUUUCCAAGAGCAGCAGAAAAUGAACACAUUGCAGGGGCCAGUGUCAUUCAAAGAUGUGGCUGUGGAUUUCACCCAGGAGGAGUGGCAGCAACUGGACCCUGAUGAGAAGACAACAUACGGGGAUGUGAUGUUGGAGAACUACAGCCAUCUAGUUUCUGUGGGGUAUGAUUAUCACCAAGCCAAACAUCAUCAUGGAGUGGAGGUGAAGGAAGUGGAGCAGGGAGAGGAGCCGUGGAUAAUGGAAGGUGAAUUUCCAUGUCAACAUAGUCCAGAACCUGCUAAGGCCAUCAAACCUAUUGAUCGGAAGUCAGUCCAUCAGAUUUGCUCUGGGCCAGUGGUACUGAGUCUAAGCACUGCAGUGAAGGAGUUAGUAGAAAACAGUCUGGAUGCUGGUGCCACUAAUAUUGAUCUAAAGCUUAAGGACUAUGGAGUGGAUCUCAUUGAAGUUUCAGACAAUGGAUGUGGGGUAGAAGAAGAAAACUUUGAAGGCUUAACUCUGAAACAUCACACAUGUAAGAUUCAAGAGUUUGCCGACCUAACUGAGGUUGAAACUUUCGGCUUUCAGGGGGAAGCUCUGAGCUCACUGUGUGCACUGAGCGAUGUCACCAUUUCUACCUGCCAUGCAUCGGUGAAGGUUGGGACUCGACUGGUGUUUGAUCACGAUGGGAAAAUAAUCCAGAAAACCCCCUACCCCCACCCCAGAGGGACCACAGUCAGCGUGAAGCAGUUAUUUUCUACACUACCUGUGCACCAUAAGGAAUUUCAAAGGAAUAUUAAGAAGACGUGCCUGCUUCCCCUUCGCCUUCUGCCGUGAUUGUCAGUUUCCUGAGGCCUCCCCAGCCAUGCUUCCUGUACAGCCUGCAGAACUUCUGGCAUGGAAAAGCCCCCGUGCAACUGGUAAAGAUAUCAAUAAGCACCAGGAGGUAUCUAAAUCCACCAGGAGCCAUAGGCAUCACAUCGACGUCCAUUUACCAGUCUUCCCUGGCAAGAUUCUUCUGAAUUGUGCUGCCUUGACCAAAAGAGGUAUGGGAGGGGCUGGGCGCAGUGGCUUGUGCCUGUAAUCCCAACAUUUUGGGAAACCAAUUCAGGUGGAUCAUUAGAGGUCAGGGGUUCAAGACCAUCCUGGCCAACAUGGUGACAUCCCAUCUCUACUAAAAAUACAAUAAGUUAGCUGGGUUUGGUGUUGGGUGCCUGUAAUCCCAGCUACUCGAGAGGCUGAGGCAGGAUAAUCGCUUGAACCUGGGAGGAGGAGGUGGCAGUGAGCUGAGAUCGUGCCAUUGCACUCCAGUGUGGGCAACAAGAGUGAAACGUCGUCUCAAAAAAUAAAACAAAAGUCCGGGCGUGAUGGCUCACACCUGUAAUCCCAGCACUUUGGGAGGCCAAGACGGGUGGAUCACAAGGUCAGGAGUUCAAGACCAGCCUGGCCUAGAUGGUGAAACCCUGUCUCUACUAAAAAUACAAAUAUUAGCUGGGCAUGGUGGCAUGCACCUGUAAUCUCAGCUACUCAGAAGUCUGAUGCAGGAGAAUUGCUAAAACCCAGGAGGGAGAGGUUACAUUGAGCCAAGAUUGCACCACUGC